AUGAUUCAUUUCAAAUCCGAGGCCUUUGGCUCGCUCCAUGAUAAAAAGGACCACACACUACUCCCUCACAACGGCACGAAACAAACACUCCAUCGCAAGCCAUUUCCUUGAGAAAAAUAGAGAGAAGAGAGCAGUUUGCAAGAGCUGAGAAGCAGCAUGGCUUCUUUACCUCAGACCAUGCCAUAUUACCCUACCUCCAACGCCAUCAUGCAUGCGCAGCCGGCCACCUCGUCCAGGGGCUCGUUCGGGCCGGUGUUCACCGUGCUCGGCGUCAUCUCCUUCCUCGCCGUCGCCGCCUGCAUUGCGGGGCGACUGUGCGGACGUCGGCUUUCCAAGAAGAAGUCCUCCUCCGACCAGCAGUUCUACAGUACCAACGCCGUGGGAGGCGACCUGGAGAAGGGCUUCGAGCUCAAGUACCCUCCGAUGAAGCCCAUGCCGAGCUCCCGUGCCGUCAUCCAUGACAUGGAUGAUGGCUUCGAGAUCAAGUUUGCGCCGGGAAAACCUGCAGCAUGGAAGAACGACAACAAGGGCGACAACAGAGGGCGCCAGCAGCAUCCCCAGGUUGCCAUGCCGAAAGAAUAUGCAGGUUUCAGGUACCCUGCAGCUGCAAAUGGCGUGGUCAGGCAAGGGCAAGUAAGGGGUGGAACAUUCAUCUCUGCAAAGCCUAGUACAUGAUCAUCAUCCAAGUAGCUUAGGUUCACAACUUGAUGUAUCUCAUAUGAUACAAUCUGUCCUAGCCAUCCAUUCAUCUUCACUCUGGUUUUGGGGUGCGCACUCUGCAAAGUUUGUACUAGUUCCAAUCACUUCCAUAUUGUAUUUGUACAUUAACCCAUUAAGCAGUGAAGAAUAUCCCAUUCUCAA